CGCGGGUCGGCCACAGGCCGCGAGUCAAGGCCGUCUCGCUGACGUACGAACUUCCAAAGCACUAUGUGGCGCCAGGGGAUAGGCCCUCGAAGGGGAAAAGUGCACCAGAGAAGGAGAACGUGCCUCCGCGUUCACUGACCGUGAAACCUCCGUCGAGAGAGUAUGAUCUGCCUAACAAGGAGCAUGUCAGCCCGACGGCAAAAGCUGUGGUGAAGAUCCCCCAUGGCAGAUACGAACCACCCAACAAGAAAUAUGGCUCAUCGACACCGCAUACACCACAAGAAUCGCAAGCACCAAAGAGCUCUAGUAUCAAGAGUCCUGCCUCAAUUUUUGUGUUUCCAGGGGCGAGCACUGUGGCGUCUGACGGAAAGCAGCACCGGACACCCUCAGGAAACUAUGAUCUCCCUAACAAGUCACCACAAAUCAAUUACAAAGAACCUCCAUCCUCAUACAGCUUGCCAGAGAAAGAUUAUGUGCCACCCAAAGAUAAAGAUGAAGCAGGUAAAUACCAGCCACCAUCGACGUCUUAUGACCUACCGUCGUUAGAGUACCAGAAGCCUGAGGAGGAAAAACAAUAUCCUUCACCACGACCAACUACAGGCAAAGCCUACUCAUCUCCCAAACCCGACUACAAGGAACCUUCCACAAGUUAUGAUCUGCCCAUCUUAGAACAUGUGACAACCCAAGUUGAUUAUCUCCCUCCAAGCGAGAAAUAUGACUCUCCCAGCAAAGAAUAUACAACAGACUCUGCAGCUGAUCACAAGCCACCGUCCGGUCAAUACGAACUGCCAAACAAGGUAUAUCGUGAACCCAAGCCCCAUGUUAACACCCCACCGAGCACGUACGAACUACCCAAGGGAGAUUACGUACCACCGAAAGGGAGUCAGAAAACAUUCCAGACCCCUUCUGGUCUAUAUGAAUUGCCAAACAAGGAGUAUCGGGCUCCUGUCAAGGGCGGCAGGCCUCCAUCGUCUGUGAAAAAACCAUCAACCAAGUACGACCUGCCUCAUCUCAAGCACAGCCCUCGUGCAGAAGACUACAAAGUGCCGUCCAAGUCUUACGAUUUACCGUCGAAAGAGUUUGCGGUUACGCCAAAGCAUCACGCAAGACGGCCUCCCUCCGCGUACAAACCACCAGCUAAGCAAACUCCGGAGGAACUGGUCACAGAAUACAUCCCUCCCUCCCUUACGUUCCCACAUCCGUCCAUGUUCAUCAAUCUCGACUACAAAGACCCGGUGCGGAAGGACUUUGGGUUUGGCGACCGGCUCAAGCCGCGGAAGCGUCCGAUCGCCAAGCCCACCAAGCGCGCGAGGCCACACAAGGAGCGCGAACGUUCGAACACCCCGUCGCGACGGCCGAUAACGGGCUCCACCCAGCGCCCAGUGCCACCGGUAACACACUAUCUGGCACCGCUCCGAGAGUUGGUCUCGACCACGGCCAGCCCCGUCACUCUCCAUGAGGACGGCUACUCCGUCAGCUUCAGCAUUGGCGGCGGUGGGCGCAGGAAGCCGGAGACCCUGUCGCUGGGGACGAACGUUCCUGACGACGGACCGAAGCGCGGCAAGAUGAAGUUUAAAGCCAUCAAUGGUUAUAAGGCGCCAAAGGUCGCGUACUCGGCGGUGAACAAGGGUUACGAAGAGCCGACGACAUACCGGCCGGUGCACAGGUUCACCCGACCCACUCAGGAGCCAAGACAGCCCUACGCACCGCAUGGAAAGAACUAUGUGGAACUCGACACGGGCGUCAGGGCCCCAUCCAACGUUUAUCAAACACCGAAUAAGGAAUACAGUGCUCCGGAGACCGGCUACAACGCCCCAGAGACCGAAUACAUUGCUCCAGAGACCAAAUACAGUGGUCCAGGGACCAAAUACGUUGCUCCAGAGACCAAAUACAGUGUCCCAGAGACCGAAUACAGUGCUCCAGAGACCGACUACAACGCUCCAGAGACCAAAUACAUUGUCCCAGAGACCAAAUACAGUGUCCCAGAGACCGAAUACAAUGCUCCAGGGACCGAAUAUAAGGCACCGAGCACCAAAUACGCUGCCCCUGGACCCGGUAAUCAACACAAAGAUCCAACGACACAGUACGAUUAUCCUGUGGAAAAUUAUGAAACCCCCGAUACUGGCUACCAAGCGCCGGUCGGGAACGACAAGAUUCCAGAAUCAGAAUACAAGACGCCUGAGACAGGGUAUACCGCCCCUGAGUCCACAUAUCAAGCCCCGGAGACUAAGUACAAAACACCACCAACUAGAUACCAGCUACCGGAAAAGUCGCACAAAGGGCUUAAAGAAGUUUACCAGGCGCCAGACACAAAAUAUGCUGAUCCCGACGGGGAAUAUAAAGGUCCAGAGGAAAAGUACAAACCUCCUAGUCAGUACUACGAGCUCCCUGAAGAAAGAUACAGGGCUCACUCAAAAGUCAAAGAACAGGAACGAGACCACAGAACUUCUAAAUCUAAGACUGAAAAUUAUAAAACAAACUAUAAACCCCUUUCGACGGGUUACAGAGCUCCGGAGAAAUCUCAUAGUGGAUCUUAUGACGAACGCCAUGCAUCAGGCUCCAAAAAACUCAUUGCACCUUCUUCAGAUUACCAGCUGCCAGAAAAAGAACAUAGCGGCGGUUAUAAGCCGCCGUCGGAGUACUACGAGGCUCCAGACAGCUACGAAGUUCCGCCGCUCCGGCCUCCUCAGCAAAAUAAAAGACAUCCGGCGACAGACUACAAGAUUCCCGACAAAGGUCAACAGAGACCAGAUGCAAAGUACCAGGGCCCUCGUGGCUCCCGCAGACCUCCCGCGAAAGUUUACCAGGAUAGCUCAAAGACGUACCGCAAGCCUCAGCGUGAUUACAAGGCUCCCGAGAGUUCUUAUCUGGUGCCAAGCAGAGAUUAUGAGGCUCCCUACCACUCUAAGGCCGAGCGUGGGCGUCGGCCGACUGCACAGACGUACAGGGCGCCCGACGAAGGGUACCAGGCCUCACAUGAGUCCAGCAGCGUUCCGCAGAAAGGUACCCGGCCAUUGCAGAACUACGGGGAGCCACCCAGAACAUAUGAGCUUCCGCAGCGUGACUAUGAGGCAGGUCCGACAGUUCAACACCAGCGUCCCAAGCAAGAAUAUGAGGAGCCACCCAGUAGGUAUCAGACCCCAGUGUCUGCAUACAAAGAGCCAUCGGAUGGCUACAAAGCAGCAGAGCAAAGCUACAAAGCACCAUCGAAAGAGUAUCGAGUGCCGGCACAUGCCUACAAAGAACCGUCAGAAGAGUACGGCACCCCGGACCAAGAUUACAGACAACCGUCCACUGCGUAUGGAAACCUGGAACAGAGUUACAGGAAACCAGCCAGCGCAUAUAAAGAGCAAGAAAAUAAUUACAGAGAGACACCUACCGUGUAUGAAACGCCAAAUCAGGCAUACCGACAACCUGGGCUUCCCAGCGCAGCAUCAGGUCAGGGACACGACGGUCAGAAGGAAGGAUAUAACGCUCCGUCGGAAUAUUACGAAGCACCUUAUGCGAGCGAACAUGACUCAGGAAAACAUCUAACAGGAGCAAGUAAUGAAUAUCAGCCCCCUCCGCGUACUUACGAGGCUCCAGACAAAGCGCACAAACCGCUUUUGACGUCCCACCGCGAGCCGACUGAAAUGUAUAACGGUCACCAGGCCCCGCAUAAGAGCGCUCAUCACAUUUCACCUACCACGGACUACGGGACACCUCCUUCCACCCGCUACGAUCUGCCGGACAAGGAAUACAGCGCUCCAACGUCACACAAGUCCUCCGGGGUGGCACACGACACCCCUGCAGACGCUUACCGGGAACCACACAGGAAACCGAAGACGGUACACAUCAAAUAUCAACAGCCAGAGAGCACGUACAGGCCGCCGCUGGGCGCCACCACGUACGCGGACCCCGACGCAGUGUACCGUCCUCCGCAAGCGGGCGCCGAUUACCCUACCCCGGCGUACCAGGCGCCGGUCAAGCAGGCGUACUACUACGGCUCCCCUGGGGGAGCGGCGCCAUCCACCGGGUACGUCCUUCCAGACACUCACCCACAAGCGCCAUACGACGACUACGCCGCGCCCGAGGUCACGUACGACACGCCGUCCGAGGCGUAUGACCUGCCCGUUCAGGAGUACGUGCCCCCCGGCGGUGAUGGCAGCGCGGGGGGAUACGGGGAGCCAGAGGAGGAGUACCACGCCCCAGUGGCUGGUCCGAAGCCGAACAAUGAGUACCAGGAGCCAAAGAGCAAGUAUAAAUCGGUGAAGCACUACGACGUGAAACUGAUCAUUCCUCCGCAGCAUUCUGACUCGCCAAGGGAGGCGUUUCAGCCCGCUCAGGAGUACAGCGCGCCGGAUGACGGCUACAGUGUGCACAAUGGCCAUUCAAAGCCGCUCCCAAGCGAUCACAUUCACCCUAGCAAACAGAGCAAGCCUUCCUCCCAGCGAAUCAGGGAACCUAAUCCGCUUUACGACUUGCCACAGCAGGGAUAUUUCGCACCACAGGUCUCUUACCAAAAUUCAGAGCAGAGCUAUGAGACACCGAAGGAGGUGUACAGGGCUCCACAAACUGGCCACGACGUGCCCGGCUCUGACCAUGGUGCUCCUCGACAGGAGUAUGAGGCUCCUAGCACAAAUUAUCAGCUUCCGGAUGAAGAUUAUCAGGCUCCUGAAGACGAAUACCAGGCUCCUGAUGAAGUAUAUCAGGCUCCCCGUGAUGUGUAUGAGGCUCCUGAACAAAAUUACCAAGCACCUGAGGCUCUUAGCCUGGUGUACAGCCUUCCAAAGCAGAGUGACAAUCCGCCGGAAAACUCAUACCAUGAGGAGGGACAGACGUUUGUCGGCCCGAACCCGUUCUACGAUCUCCCGCAGAAGGAGUAUGUUCCACCUAAAAGCCCCGGAACAGCUAGUCACGAACCGAGCCGCACUUACGACCUACCCCAAGAAGCCGUGGCUCACUCGUACAAACCAGCCGAGACGUCAUACGGGCUACCAGAACAGUCGUAUCAUCAGCCAGCGACCGAUUACAUGGUGCACAACACGUCCCAUCGGCUGCCAGACACCAGGCACAAACGGCCAAAAACUUCUUACAAGGAACCCAAAGCUGUUUACAAGGAGCCAAGUGUGUCGCACAAGCAGCCAAAUCCGUUCUAUGAUCUUCCAGAGAGGGAAUAUAGCGGUACAUCCAAUGGAUACGGGGACUCCCAGUCUGGUUACAAAACACCUAGCACAAGCUAUGAUCUGCCAAGCAUCGAGUACAAAGCUCCAAGUAAGACGUACGAUUAUCCCAAGGACAAACAUCAGGCAGUGGUGCAAACGUACGAGGAACCACAUCAAGAUUACAAAAAACAGGCCACUUACAAGCAACCCUCUGAAGCGUACCAAAAACCAGAAUCUGUGUACAAGUCGCCCGAUGCGGAGUACAAAGUACCAUCAGCUCAGUAUGACCUUCCGACGACAUCUUAUGAAGUUCCUCAGGAAGAUUACGGUGCACCCAACAAGGCUUACGAGGACCCCGAUGUUCUAACCAGCUACAAGGCACCUUCUUCAGCCUAUCAAGAACCUACAGAGCACGACGCCCACUCCACGGGAUACAGGGCACCCCCUGCGCGAGAAGAACAUCCUGCCAAGCAUUACAAAACCCCCGCAACAAGAUACACUGGUCCUCUUGCGAAGCACAGGGAGCCCUCUUCUGGCUAUGAAGCUCCCUCCACGAAGUACGACUUGCCCACCAAAGAGUAUACCGCACCCCCGAAGCGCUACAAGGCCCCGACGGUCUCACACGCGUCUCCGGCCAACCACAGUGCGCACUACGACAACGGCCGGUAUCGGGCCGAGUACCAGACGAAGGGCCCAUACUGGGAGGACCAGCGCGCCCACCAGGAGGAGCACGCGGUCCACGACGCGGGCCAGCGUGGAGCGGGCCACAGUCACGCCGGAAACUUGUGGGGCAGCGUGCCAGGCACCACAGGAUUGGACUACCCCAACCUCACCCAGGUGCCCCUGACUCGUUUUACCUGCAAGAAGCAAUACCGCACGGGAGGCUACUACGCCGACGUGGAGGCAGGCUGUCAGGUAUUCCACAUCUGCCACCCGGACGGUCGGCAGGAUUCGAUGCUUUGCCCGCCCGGCACCAUCUUCAACCAGAAGUACUUCGUCUGCGACUGGUGGUACUCAGUCAACUGCGCCGAGUCACCCAGUCUGUAUGCGCUCAACGAAUUUCUUCAUGGCCAUUCACUUGCCAACGCGCAACAGCACGGGCACUGAACCCGGCGGGGAGUCGAGAGGAGCGCUGCGAGCCUCGAGUGGUGCCGGGGUACAGGUAGCGCUGCGAUCUGUUUGUUAUAGGUGGCGCUGCCAGCGUGUGGUCAGCGGAAUGUGAGCGCUGUGAUGACGGAGAUGACGCUUGUGUUUGAUCGGGUGAACGCGUGGAAGUGCUGGUACCGCAUGGGACCAACGCGUGGGGUUGAUAGCGAUUCCGAAGCAAUAGCACACGCGAGCGUUACGUCGAGACGCGACAUGGCUAGGAACGGACGGCCGAAUGAGACCGCGAUGGAGAGACGACCCGGCCGCCGGGAGCAAUCGUGAUAUCUGUUUCCGGCUCUCGUGUUAUUCUCCGUCGCGAAGGUGUUUGUGACAUAAGAGGCGGAGCUUGGAGGAAUUUCUACGCACCCUGCAGCACGCAGUGCUUUUCGAAUGGGGUUUCCUGGUAAGCGAGGCGGUGCCGAGUGUAUUUAUUUGUCUUUCACGAUCAGGAAUGAUUUUCUCGCCAUCAAACGCCAGUGGCGCCACAAGCGGAGGCUUGCGGUUCAUGCAGACAAGACUUAUCGUUGUGAAAACGGAGAACUCACUGCUGGCAGCGUAACUCAAAGAAUAUGUCGGUUCACGCCUGGCGCAUCGUUUGCGGUGUCAUUAGACAGAUCGGCUUAACGAAAUGACGCCUAAGCAUUGCAUGACCAUGCUUUCCUGAUCCUUUCUCAGGCGUGACAACGAGACUUCGACCUGUAUUUCUUAGCAUGGUUUGGAGCUUGGCGUUUGGAUAUGUUAGAGUUGUUACGGACGGAAUGGUUAGAUACUGCAGGUUCUCUACUGAUGCAGUUGAGCGCACAGUAAACUUUUCUGCAAUAAGCGUUGAAGAAUUAGCCUCGGUGCCAAACCACUGCACGCGAUGCACUGGAAGUGUUGCGCCCAAAGAUUCAACUAUAACACUCCGUAAUGAGAUAAGCCUUCGGCUUAAGAUUCUUGUCAACCACGCUGGUUUUUACGCUCACGUCGAGUUAGACAUGUGAAACUGAGAUAGAUGUUUGCCAGGAUGAUGUGUCGUAAAUGGUUAAGUAAAUGGUCUUCAUCUGGGGCUUUCGUAGCCAUUAGGACGGUUUAACUCGGUGGACGCAUCCCACUCUCGUAUUUAGAGAGCUAAUACCAGUGUUUCGUGGUGCAUGCUCGGCUUGUGGAACAGACUUAGUACGUUUUCAAAUA